AUGACCGACCAAAUUAAUCAAACAACUAGCAACGACCGUCAGAUCAUGGCUUGCUUAUUCGCGUUUACUGAGUCAAAUGGUUUACUCAAAGUCAUUGUCAAAAACAAGAGGAGUGGUAGAGUUGUUCUGAGAUGGCCAGGCAAUUAUUUCAAAAACAUUACGGAAAUCAAGCAAGUUCAAGUCACCAUCAAAAGUGAAAAAUUUCUGGAUGCUACAGUCUUCAGUGUGCUGUAUGACAAGAAACUUCAUGGAACACUGUUGUGCCCGUACUUGGUCUUCAAAAUCAUGAAUACAACAAAAGUUGAAGAUCUAGAUAGAAAGGAUUUCAUCACCGCAUGCAAGGCUGUUGAACAAGUGCCUGAUUAUGAUUAA